AUGUCUCAGUCGAAAGGCAAGAAGCGAAACCCUGGCCUUAAAAUUCCCAAAGAAGCAUUUGAACAACCUCAGACCAGUUCCACGCCACCUCGAGAUUUAGACUCCAAAGCUUGCAUUUCUAUUGGAAAUCAGAACUUUGAGGUGAAGGCGGAUGACCUGGAGCCCAUCGUGGAGCUGGGCCGGGGGGCGUACGGGGUGGUGGAGAAGAUGCGGCACGUGCCCAGUGAGCAGAUAAUGGCGGUGAAGCGGAUCCGGGCCACGGUCAACAGCCAAGAGCAGAAGCGGCUACUGAUGGAUCUGGAUAUCUCCAUGAGGACCGUGGACUGUCCCUUCACGGUCACCUUUUAUGGCGCACUCUUCCGAGAGGGGGAUGUCUGGAUCUGCAUGGAGCUCAUGGACACGUCCCUAGAUAAAUUCUACAAACAAGUGAUCGAUAAAGGCCAAACAAUUCCAGAGGACAUCUUAGGGAAAAUAGCAGUUUCUAUUGUAAAAGCCUUAGAACAUUUACACAGUAAGCUGUCUGUCAUUCACCGAGACGUCAAGCCCUCCAAUGUGCUCAUCAACGCCCUGGGCCAGGUGAAGAUGUGCGACUUCGGAAUCAGCGGCUACCUGGUCGACUCCGUGGCUAAAACCAUCGAUGCCGGAUGCAAACCGUACAUGGCCCCCGAGAGAAUAAACCCAGAGCUCAACCAGAAGGGAUACAGCGUGAAGUCUGACAUCUGGAGUUUGGGCAUCACCAUGAUCGAGCUGGCCAUCCUCCGCUUUCCCUACGACUCGUGGGGGACUCCUUUCCAGCAGCUCAAACAGGUGGUGGAGGAGCCGUCGCCGCAGCUGCCCGCAGACAAGUUCUCUGAGGAGUUUGUUGACUUUACCUCACAGUGCUUGAAGAAGAAUUCCAAAGAAAGGCCAACAUAUCCAGAGCUUAUGCAACAUCCGUUUUUCACCCUACAUGAAUCCAAAGCGACAGACGUGGCAUCUUUUGUAAAAUCGAUUCUUGGAGACUAA